UGUUAACUAACUUACAUAGUAUCAUGGAGUUUAGAUACCCUGAUACCCUAAUACCCUGACACCCUUGAGCAGGGGUCCAUGACCUACCAUGUACUGGUCUGUUCUGCAUUGGCCAAAGACGCCACUCGACCCUUGAUAGUUCCGUUAUGCCCCCGGGCAAUCGAUGAUACUGUGGAUGUAAGCUAUCGCUGCAGACUCUAGCGAAUUCGGGGGUCGCCAUUCCAACUGGUAAUGUUCAGCCUUCCCUGUGCCGCGGGGUGAACUUCUACAUCUGAUAUCUCAUUUUUCUUUCCUGUCUCCUGUCUCCUGUCUCCUUUUUCCCUUUCUCAUCUCGCAUUAUGUGUUACCGUCUCCGCCAAACGUUGUUGCGCAACCUUGAUGUAAAACUACUGUGAAGGCCGAGUCGCGAGACAUCCAGUCUGCCGGCUCGCUGCUCCACUCCCAUCCAUACCUUCAUCCUAGUUACUACAUAGUAAAUUUGGAGCUCCCCGACUCUCCACGACGAUUAAUAGAUAUCGCCGUGUGCGUUAGACGGUAUACGCUCUCAAUUGUCUAACCUAUACUAUUAGCCUAUUAGCCCAUCAUGACGGACGAAGUCGAGCGGCUCGCGAUCGCGCCUUUUAGGGAGAUUGUAGAAAAGGGCAACGCAGCGAUUGAAAAUGUGCCAAAUGCUGACCAAGAAACGUCACCGCUUAUGCUCAAGGCAGCACAAAACCUAGUUAGAGAAGGCGAACGGGCGCUGAAGCGGAUCGAGCCGCUUUGCACUAAGAACUUUGAAGAGUAUGGCGUUAACUUUGUUGAUGCGAUCAAGGAGAACGACGAAAUCGCGCAGUUUCGAUCCGAACUGGAGGACUUGUUAUGGGAUUUCGACGACUAUGUCGAGCCCGACGACUUCGAUCCCACCAAGUUCGAUGAGUUGCAAAAAGCUUCGAGAAGAGCUGCACCGAAGAUCAUGGAUAUCCUCAAGCGGAUGAAACUGGUUGCUCCCGCACCAACAAUAUUACGGUCUCCAUCCCCAAGGAGUAGGGCACCGUCGGCAGCCCCUGACCACGUAAAUAACUUACACUAUAGGCAAAUGCCAUCGACAAGUAUUAUCGUCAACCCUCCAGCGGCCAUGUCGACAGAGAAACUGAUGGAAGAGACAGAGCUGCAAUUAAGCAGCAUGAUGGGAGCGGUGGCUGGCCCCGACGAAGGCCUGGAGGCGAAUCUACCCCCGCGAUCGGUAAGCGACCUCGACCGAAGAAGCAACUCGUACCGCUCUGAAGUAUCCGAUGCCACCUCGGAACAUCCGCCAAGACCGCCCUCGGCCGAUCCGUGGCAGGUCGGAACGGCCCCGCCUGUCAGUCCCGUGGAUCUUUCGGUUGAGGGAGACCGAUGGGAACGUCGCCCCCCCGUCCCCAACGACUCCCCGACCAUCCCUCCAGCACAACCGGUUAGUCCCCUCGGUAGCCACGCCGGCCCCCUGCGCAUUCGUAGCAAAACCGACGACUCUCUCAGCCUAACUCAAAGGGACGUCGAAGACGGCCGAAUGCGCGCGGCUUCACAGAGCCAAGCGACGACUAGCGACGGAUCUCAGUCUCCUAGGAAGAGGAAUCGUUGGACUAACUCUACGCAGGGUUCAACAUAUAGAUCCCAUAGCGGCUUUACGUCUGCUAGUCGAUCACCUUCUAACGAGGGUUCUGCCAGUUGGCCUGGACAACUCCUUGAUCCGUCGUCUAGCCGGUCACCUUCGGAUACAUCUUCCGUGCUUGGCCGUACCCCUUCUAUCCCUGAGAACAUUGCUAUUAAUACCCAGGGCCCAAAGGCAGCCCUUCCACCUAUCCCUAGCUUUCCCCCGAGGCAGACUUCUUUAGCCAGAGCCCAAGAAAGAGCCCAGGAAAGAGCCCAAGAGAGAGCUCAGGAGAGGGGUCCUCGUCGUACCACUCGCCACCCCUCGACUGAGUCAAUCAACAGCUCAGUUUUCGAUAUAGUCGAUUGCAUGAGCCCUACCACUGCUGCCGCUUCUACUGCACAUCGAAAUUCGGUCUUAUCAGUCGAGCCUCUUAGUCCGGGGCAGCAACCGCCAGAGUAUACCGGACUGCCGCCUAUUUAUCAACGCGCAGCGACGAACGGCAGCAUAUCCUCCAGCAUGGGAACCAUUACUAACCACUCAUCGUCCACGCUUAUGGCCCGUCGCCCCAGCACCCAGAUCCCAGGUAACGUAGAUUCGGGCCUGAUCCCGGUCGACGCAGAAAACCCGAUGCCGGACGAGCAGCCCAUCCCCGCGCGAGAAGCGGACUGUUCGAUAGGUCCGUAUAGCUCUUUCUACAAGCUCAAAGGGUUUUGCAAGGGCGCAGAAGAGGUCAUGGCUGGUCGGCUCGGCUUCAAGAAAAUCAAACGGCCCGUUGGUGGCUUUUCAAUGGCCGUUGUAGCAAAGUGCAAUCACUGUUUAUUCGAGAUCGACUUUAAGUCGGUCGAGCAAGACUUGAAUAACGACUCCUCCGGAAGUUUUACGUCCAAUUCCAUCGGGUUUCGACUACGUAUACUCCAAAAGAGUCAUCUGCAAAUUCGACAUGUAGAAGAACAGCUUUACGGAUGCUUGUUCUGUAUUCAAGAAGGCAAGACUGUCGAAGAGAGCGAUGCUACGGUUUUCUUUAACCAGAGCCAAUUAUUCGCUCAUCUGGCACGACAUCCUCGUCCACUCCCCGUCAUCCCUGGCCUAACGGUAGUCGAAGCGCCGGAGAUACCACCGGCCUUUAGGGACAACUUUGAUCUUCACUUACCACAUCCGCCAAUGCUCUCCGUCAUGGUCGGACUCUCGCGAGAGCUCUCUAGAUUACCUUCUGCCAUUGCGACGGAAACGAGGAAAAUACAGAACGGGGUUAUGCGCUCACCGCCUGGCAGAGAUCCGGUCCUGCACUUUGCUAUCGGAGCUAGGAUAAUCGGUAUCGAGUUCCCGGUCAAGUACGAAGGUAAAUGGGGUAUCGGCUGGCACGACGGUGUGCGUGCGGCAUUCGAAGCCGACUCUGUACAGAUCGAUGCACCGCCGAAGACCGAGAUCAAAAUGCAGGGUACAAGUAACGUCCAAGCUGUAGCACGAUGGAAGUGGAAUCAGAAGAACGGUGAUGAUAGGUGGCUGAAAUUUGACAAGGGAGAUGUCAUUAAGAACAUUGGUUGGGCUUACACCGAUCACUGGUGCCGGUCCGGCACAACGUCAAAGGGCUGGGGAAUCUUCCCACAGUCCCACCUCGACCCAAGUUCGAUCAGGACAGUUCAGCCCGGAGACACUGCUAGCAUCAACAGCUGGGAGAAGAAACCGCGAUUCCAACUUUCUCUUCGAAAAAACACGGACCGUAAAUUUGGGUCUCUCGGCUCAGUCACUCCUACUAGCGAGACUCCGCCCGUCCCUAGCAGAGCGGGCGUUUACUAGUGCGCGCCUAUCUAUCUAACUAACUAACCUCAUUCCUCGAGCCAUGAUUACACUAUUUGACUUUCUCCGCAAGGGGGGCCCUUUCACACUAUCUACACCUAGUGUAGGAGAGCUGCUAGUUUCUCUUUAGUACGUAUACAUCGCACCAAUGCCGAGAAAUAGGAAGUUAACGGCGAGGAGAAUAAAUGGGUGGGUGGGUCAUAGAUCACGAUGAUACCGCGCGACUGCGGUUCUAUUUAUCCGGACACGUAAAAAAAAAUGAUAUAAA